AUGUGGCUGUUCAGAGGCGCCCAGUCUGCGAUCUUUUAUUACGCGGCCUGCACCCCUUGCACGGAGCAGUUGCAGAGACGAAAGAGGAAGAGGGAUGCGCUCAGGACAGCACGUGAGGUAGGCAGGGAUGCCCUCGUUGCAGACCAGCCGGUAUUCUACCAGCCAUCGCCCUUCAGCACGAACACGUACUGGAGCGAGGAGAUCGCCUUGGGGCCUGGGCCGCCGACGAGGAGAGGGAGGAACAAUGCCGCCAGUCGGACGAGCAGCCAGAGGAAUCUAGCGUCGCUGGAUAAGCCCGCUGUGACGGAGAGGGCGGUCUUGACGGGGGUGUUGGAGGAUUCGUCAGUACCGGAGGAUAAGAAGGAUCUAGACAGAGUAGACCGUCGGUGGAAUAGUGUGCGGUACCAGAGAGAUGACGAGGCCCUCUGGGGGUAUGAUGGGAAGUGGUCGUCUACAAGUCUGCGCGCAACGACGAGGGGCUCGUCAAAGUACUCGAUAGAUCCCCCGCCAGAGGUCAAUGACCUGUACCCGCCAAUUGCAGGCGCAAUCCAAAACAAGGAAGAGAUCCAAUGGAUGCUCCAGCCGCCACCAAGUGCGAAGGUCAUGGAGGGCAAGGUCAGGGCAGAUUCGUCGUCGAGGUUAUCGUCCAGUGGCAGCCCGUUGCUCAGAGGUGUCAAGCCAUCAUCAAGUACCGCCUCCCGCUAUGACAGGGGCGGACAAUCACCUCUUGUUCGGCCAUCUCCUGCCCAGAGAGCCGAAUCAUCCUCAUACAGCCCUAUAAAGUCACGCAAAUCUUCGACCGCGGCCGCUAUGCCCCGCCUAAUACCCAUCGAUUCAUCCAUAUCCCUCUCAAACACCGCCCAGUCUCCAGGAUCGUCACUCCCGCUUCCAUCUACAACUGCCCCAGCUUCUUCUUCAUCAUCUCCUCCCCCACGAGGCAUCCGAAGCCAAUCCUACGACCACCACGGGCAGCAAGCCAACCUGUCCUCAUCGGUCGAGUCCAAUUCUAACUCACCGCUGGAACUAAAACCCUACGUCUCCCUACCUAGCCUUCAAUCCCCCAACGCCCGCCAGCACCACAGAUACGAGACUGAAUAUCGUCCAGCUUCCAAGGAAACUAUCGACAGCGGAAAGGCGUUCCAUCCCACUACUCCUUCAACUCCCUGGCUACGCGCCGCUAACCACCCAAAUAUCUCGAAACUACCAUCCACCAGCACCCUACACAUCAAUGAUAUCGACAACUCUAGCGCUGACCACGCAAUUGACGAGGAAGAGUUUGACCGACUAGAUCGGAUCAGAACCUACCGUUGGAGUAUGGACUUCUAA